AUGUCUCGCCCUGGUACCACCCUCUAUGUCACCGGCUUCGGCCACGGUACCCGAGCUCGCGAUCUUGCCUACGAAUUCGAACGAUAUGGACGCUUAGUCCGAUGUGACAUCCCUGCUCCACGAACCCCUUCCAGCCGGCUGUUCGCGUUUGUGGAGUAUGAGAGUCGCCGUGAUGCAGAUGAUGCGUACCAUGAGAUGCAUAACAAGCGAAUUGGUCGCGAUGACCUAUUAAAGAUUGAAUGGGCUAGGACUCCCCCUUCUGCCUCUUGGCGGUUCGACUCUGGCCGGGACCGUCGUCGGGACCGUACACCUCCACGUCGUGGUCGUUCCCCAUCCCCGCGUCGUGCUCGUGGGGAGUACUCGCCUCGUAGGGAGGAUCGCUAUGAACGCGAUUACGACCGACAUGAGCGCGAUUAUGAGCGACGUGACCGCGACUAUGAUCGCCGGGACCGUGACUACGAUCGACGUGAUCGUGAUCGUUCUCGGGACCGUUCUCGCAGCCCCGAUGAGAGGGAUCGUGAUAUUAAAGAAGAUCGUGAAAGACGCGACGACGAUCGCGAGCGGCGCGAGGAUGAACGUGAGAACGGUCCAAAUGGUGAAGACAGAAAAGUUGCUUUAGAUCCCUUGACAUCUGCGCAUGAUGAGCUUGAUACUGCUGAGUAG